GCCACAGUCUCGCCUCCCGCUCGUAGCGGUAGGCACGCUGCUCGCCCGUUUCCCGAGCGGCCGAGCCGGCGAGCGAUGCCCGAAAGCGAGGCUGCCUAUCGCGCUCCGUCUGUCCCCUGCAGCAGCAGCAGCAGCGCCUUCGCCACCUCUUCUCUCGGCCCGAACGGCAUAGGCGGCGGCGGCGGCGGUGUUGAAGGAAGAGGAGGAGGACGUGACCGAAGCCGCAGGAGCGACUCACGCUCCGUUUUGAUAACGAUGUUGGCAGCCGCCGUUGCCUGAGUGCUGCCUGCUCUGGAGAGCCUCUGGACUCCCCGAGGCAAAGUUUGUUCUGCUGGCUGUCGCCGCCCCUUGCUCUGGACUUAGACGCGCGCGAGCGAGGGAGAUUUAAUUUAAUUGGGGGAGGGGACGGGCAAUUCUGGUGUGGGGGUUACGCCGCGCCUUCUCCUCCGCCUCCUCGGCUUUUCCUCUGCCCACCCUCCUCCUCCUACCGCCGCGGCUGCUGAAUAAGAAGACCCAGAAGGAGAGGAACGCUUUGGGGACGGGGCGGUUGGCGGAGAGCUUGCCUGGCCUCUCUGCCACCAGGACCCAUCAGAUCCGGAGAAGCAGAUCCUCUUCUGAUCGACGCACCUCUGUGAAUUGGAGCGGCAGCCUUGCGCCGGGAGCCGACCGGGCAGCCUGCGAUCCACCUGUCUUGAGGAUUUAGAGCCGCCCCGACGUAUCUUCUUGGCUCUCCUGUUGCGGGACUUUGAUUGCUUUAUCCGAGAGCCGGGAAGGAUUUCAAUCCUCCCCUUUCAUUGUUGCUGAGAAGGACGGGGCCAGCUUUUUGAAGUCUGCCUUCCCUCCCUCCAGUCGCCCGUUCGUUUCCCCCGCCGACCCUUCCUCGCACCAGCAGGCAAGAAACAGAAGGAAGAGACGGAGAGAGAGAAAAGAGACAAUGAAGAUUUCGUGGCUAACUUUCGCCUUCCUUUGGGGAAGCAUUUGCACACGAUCUGGCCAGGGAGAGGCAGAGACAAGAGAAUGCAUUUACUACAAUGCCAACUGGGAGCUGGAGAAGACCAACCAGAGUGGAGUGGAGCGUUGUGAAGGUGAAAAAGACAAGCGCCUACAUUGCUACGCGUCCUGGAGAAACAACUCGGGAUCCAUCGAACUAGUGAAGAAAGGAUGUUGGCUUGAUGACUUCAAUUGUUAUGACAGGGAAGAAUGUGUGGCCACAGAAGAGAAUCCACAAGUAUAUUUCUGUUGCUGUGAAGGGAAUUUCUGCAAUGAAAAGUUCACUCACUUACCUGAACCGAAUGGCCCACAAGGUUCUGAAAAAAGGAGGCUGGCUAUGAAAAGAUUCGAAGAACGGUUGCAGAAAUUGGUUUCACUGCAGAUUCUUGCAGAUGUUGCUGUUCAGAAUUUCUUGUUCUGGAGACAUGUUGAACCAUCUUCAAAACAACUGCCGUUUGUUAAUGAUACCCACUUAAGAGAAAUGGUUUAUGAGCCACCGCCGCCAAAUGCCUCCCUACUCCAUGUUGUGGUUUAUUCCUUGUUUCCCAUGACUGCUCUCUCCAUUGCCAUCUUGCUCGCUUUCUGGAUGUACCGUCACCGCAAACCUCCGUAUGGGCACGUCGAUGUCAGUGAGGACCCUGGCCCCCCACCUCCUUCUCCGAUGGUUGGACUGAAACCCUUGCAGCUGUUAGAGGUCAAAGCCAGAGGACGUUUUGGCUGUGUCUGGAAAGCACAAUUGAUGAAUGAGCAUGUGGCAGUGAAAAUCUUCCCUGUACAGGACAAGCAGUCUUGGCAAAGCGAGAGGGAUAUCUUCAACACCCCGGGAAUGAAGCACGAAAACCUUUUGCAAUUUAUUGCCGCCGAGAAGAGAGGAACAAACUUGGAGACGGAGCUGUGGCUCAUCACAGCUUUCCAUGAGAAGGGGUCCUUGACUGACUACCUGAAGGGGAACGUUAUCACCUGGAAUGAGCUCUGCCACGUGGCAGAAACCAUGGCCCGCGGACUCGCCUAUCUGCAUGAGGACAUCCCUUGGUGCAAGGGGGAAGGACAUAAGCCUGCUAUAGCCCACAGGGAUUUCAAGAGCAAGAACGUGCUGCUGAAGAAUGAUUUAACUGCCGUGCUUGCUGACUUCGGACUGGCCGUACGCUUUGAACCCGGGAAGCCUCCAGGAGAUACUCAUGGACAGGUAAACUUGCAGGUGGGAACCAGAAGAUACAUGGCUCCUGAGGUUCUGGAAGGAGCAAUUAAUUUCCAGCGAGAUUCCUUCCUGAGAAUUGAUAUGUAUGCCAUGGGCCUGGUAUUGUGGGAGUUGCUUUCCAGAUGCACAGCAACUGAUGGUCCUGUGGAUGAGUACUUACUGCCUUUCGAAGAAGAAAUUGGCCAGCACCCAUCUCUUGAGGAGCUGCAGGAGAUUGUGGUCCAUAAGAAGAUGCGUCCUGUGUUCAAGGACCAUUGGUUUAAACAUCCUGGCGUAGCCCAGCUGUGUGUUACAAUUGAAGAAUGCUGGGAUCAUGAUGCGGAGGCCAGACUGUCAGCCGGUUGUGUGGAAGAGCGCAUCGCCCAGAUUCGCAAAUCAGCCAAUGGUAGUACCCUCGACUGCCUUGUUUCCAUCGUGACCUCUGUCACCAACGUAGAUUUGCUACCCAAAGACUUCUUGGAUUCUCAGCCUUCCCAAAUGUGGUACCCAUCUCCUAGAAUUCUCAUACUGCAUGGCCAAAACAGCUGUUGGCUCAAAACUCUGCAAUCCAGACCCAUCUGGCAGACUCCAGGUGGAAAAAGGUUAGCUUAUAGCAUCUCCAGUGUCUGACAGUCACAUUUACCUACUCAUGAUGCAGUUUUCCUGUUGUGUAAUCACAUUUUUUCCUAAACAGCGCAUCUUUUUAAUAUUCCUGGCCUUCAGUUGGUCUUGUACAUUUAAUGUUAAGAAAGUUCUUGAUAUAGCAAUAAGGGAGCUCAGUCACAAGUGUAGCUAUGCAUACGAGAGAGAGAAAAAUCCAAAUAAGAUUUGGUCUAAAUAUAACUAUGCCAUUUACCAUAAGUGGUGGUAAUUUGAAUAUAUUUCAUUUGCUGAAAUAGGGGCCUUUAAAAAAACAACACAAGGCUAUCCUUUACAUAACAGUUAAGUGGAAUUUUCUCCCUGAUAAGGGAGAGGGUAGAAAGUUCCAGUUUACUUAAUCUUAUAUUGUAUUCACUCAUCACAUUAAGUCACAAUGGAAUUGGAGGGAUGUGUUUAGUGUGAUGUGCGAAUCAUAAAAUUGUCCAAUCCAUGUCCCAAUUUUUUUAAAAAAUAGCUGCAAUUUAUAUCUCUAGGAUCAGCCUGUCCACAUUGCUGUUUUGUUCCUUCUUUGGCAUAAGGAAACUUAAAUUAAAAUCAACAGGCAAGUAAACUAUCUAUGCCCUUUUUUGAUCAUAGCAAAGAGACACUGCCAAAUUUGAAUUCUUAUCCAGAAGCAGGGGAAAAAUAUUUUUAAGAACUAAAAGCACAUUAUAUUUAGAGCCCUCGGUCUUAUGCAACAUUUUCACGAUUAUCCAAUUGUCAAUGACAUACAGGGUUUCCUCAUUUUUCAGUACAAGUGAUUCUUUUUUUGCAACGUUAGCAAUAGUGACAGGAUAAAAAUAGUUUGAAGCUUGUUUUUGACAUUUAUUAGUAAAGGAAAAGCUAAUAACGUUUACCCCGUCCCACUUCAGAUACACUGAUAUACCAAGGUUAGCAACAAAACAUGUAAAGUGGAGAAAAUCAUAUAGGUAUAAGUUUUAAUUUGGUUCUCCCAAAUUCUUAACCAUGAUAAUGUUUGGAAACUGUUCUGAUAACUGAAUGAAGUCAGGAUGUGCUAAAGCAAUAUGCAUGAGAUAGAAUUCCCCGAAGAUGUGUUUUUUUUUUUUUAUAUCUCAAGGUAGUGAUUUAUUUUUAUAGAUAUCUCAAUUUUUGAUUCAGGGAUACAUUCCUACAUUAAACACAGUUUCAAAUACAUACUGAGAAUUCCAAAUAAUAAUUGUUUUGAGAGCCCCUAACAACUCGGCAACAGUAAAAUCCAAUAAUCUAAGUAGGAAUCCAUGUUUUAUAACAGCAAUCACUUGGGUCUUUCUUACACUAUAUCUGGCUGACUUGGUAAGAGACAGAAAAAGAGACUGAUGCCAUUGCUACCUUCUAGCAUUCUGUGAUAUAAACCCAAUGUUGUGGUGCCAUUUUAUCUAUCAAUAAUGUACGCAUUGUGAGCUAUAUGAAGUAGAAAUCUUAGGCAGUUCAGCAAAAAGCUUAAAAUCAAUUUAAUGGUUUAAAAACAUAUGUAUUAGUGUGAAUGUGUUCUCCUUAAUCUUUUCAGUAGAUUCUGUUUUAUGCAUUUCUACUUUUUCUAGUGGUGAAUCUAUUGCCAGGCAAUGGCACAGGAUAUAGGUCCACUAUUUAAUAAUUGUUUCAGUGUCCGUUAAUUAGUAAAAGGUGGAUUUUCUAAAAUCUGUUAGGUCUAUGUGCUCUUUCUGAAUAUUUUUAAAGACUUGAGACUUGAGUUUAGUGUCCCUUAGUCAUUAACACACCUGGCUAUUUUAGUGGACACAUCCUCAAGAAAGUUACCAUUUCAGGUCUGAUAGCUAUGAAUUGUAAUGCUUUUCAUUUGUGCCUUCAUUUAUGUUAAUGCAAAGCAACUGCUGUAAACUCUUCUAAACUUUUUUUUUUCCAGUCAGGGUUAAGGUAAAAGUGCGGCUUAGAAGUUAGAAACUGCUUUUUGUAACUUUCUUAUUUCUGGGUUUGAUCUUUCAUCCAAUCUAUUUGAGGAUUUAUCAUCCUCAAAUUUCACAUUAAUGCAAUAUUUCUUUCUGGAUUCUUCUUAACAAACUAGCAGCGUUCACAACAAGAAAUCAUUCUAAAAAUGAAGAAAUUUGAGGGAGAGGGAAAUGGAACGGAUCCUCAAGGAGAAAAACCUGUAAAAAUAAGCUGGUGGUUAUUUCCCACAAAGAUUCUUUGUCAAGUACACAAGUUUCUUGUAUUUAUGUAGUGGCAAGAAAAAUGCUUCUUUUCUAUAAUACUUCGAUUUCUACUGCUUCAGUUUUCUAUUAGGAUAAAUUUCCUGAUUAUCUUGACAACUUUGCUUUCUACUUCUAAUAGCAAAGAGGUCCGAAAGGAUAUCGUGACAGGAUAAUUGUUUUGGGAAAGGGGUGUGUAACAGAUUGAGCACAGGAAUUGUUUACUGAGCCCUUUAGAAAGGACUGGUCUACCCCAUUCCUUUGUUACAGCAAAAUAGAACAUUACUAUUGUCUAUGGAAUAAAAAUCCAUAGCAUUAAUUUCACUGAUCUUGACUUGGUGGGGAACUGCACUUUUAAAAAAUCUAUUUAUAUAUUCCCAUAACUUUCAAUGCUGGUCAUCAAUAUAUUGAAAUAAAAUCUUCCCAUCAAAAUUCAAGUUUGGUGGUACAACAGAGAUUAAUUUUCAAAGAUGUAUUUUUCUUUUUAAACAUAUAAGUACAUCAAUUAUUAAUAUUUUUUCUGAUGAUGAGUGAGAGGAAAACACCCUCUCUACUAAAGCUACUUUUCAUAUUAAUUUAUAUUGUUGGACACAUCAAAGUGGUUACUAUUCUUGGUCUCCAAUACUAUGCCCUACAUUUACAAAAUGGCAAGGGCCUUCAAUCUUGCUGCUGUCCAUAUUUUAAAAUGUAAAUGGAACCCUACAAUUUUUCACCUAUCAAUAUAUGUUGUCCCUAAGUUUGAUGACUUUUCUAAUGUAAAGUCAACCUAAGUACAAUUUGUCAAUUCUUAUGGAAAGAGCUUUCUGUAUUAUUUUGUAGCAUUAGAAAUUUACACUAAAUUUAAGAACAAAAAUUGGAAGGAAAAACAAAACCCCCUAAUUUAAUCCAAAUAUUUGAUAUUCUUUUUUUCAAGGGUUUCUAAAUUGGGAAGUUUAUUCAAGGUAACCAGAUAAAGGUCUUAAAAUUACCUUAACAUAGGUAAAAAUGUGAAUCAAUUUUAUGACAAAUAGUUUCAUCUUAUUAAUAAACUCCAUUAUCUGGCCUAACCAGGAGUUUGCUGGCUUCUAUAAAAUUUUCAGUUUUGGAUUCCUAACAAACUUCAGAAAUAAGAAGUAAUUUAGGAAAUACUAAAUGCAGAAAGCUCUAUCAGAUGAUGAAAUAAUUCAAAAGAUUAUCGGUCCUUAGCUCAUAUUCCAAUGUACUGUUUGUAUACCAAGAUAUGUGAAAUGUAAAUGUUGUGGGUUAUAUUUCACUCUAGUAGCUAAAAAGAAAAAAAAAGAAUGUAGAUCAGAGAUAGCUUGUACUACUGAGUUAACAAAACAUAAGUAUCCACUUAAAAGAAAGAAUUAAACAGGAGCUCAUAACUGUAACCCCUUUUGAACUGAAAAAGUGUGCUGAUUUUUAUAUAUAUAUAUAUAUAUAUAUAAUAUUAUAUUAUAUAUAAAUAUAGAUAUGCAUAUGUAAGAUGGCCUAAAGAAGACAUUCACUGUAUUGCAAUUCUUAAAUGGAAAUGUUUUGAAGCAUUGUAUCCUAAUUCAUGCAUUUGCAAUAGAUCUUUGUUUCUUUUUACUGUUGUAUUUUAGAAAUGAGUCUCAUGUUUGAAAAUUAGAUCUGCCAGUUUGGGUAUCGCUACUUCAGCUAAGUACAGGGUGCCCAAAUAAAACAGUAUGAAUGUAGUAUUUUUGCCUUGUGUGAAACAGUUCCACUCCAGCAAAUAGGGGGUGGAAAUGUAGAAAAAACUAUUUCAAAGUCUAUCUUUUUCCUAUAUGAAAAUAAACAUUAAAUGGCAAAUUA